AUGGCCGCCUUUGUGAGAGUCUCGGGCCCUCCAAACAGUAAUUUCCUGGUUGGCUACCCUGGUAUAUCGGCGACGCUGCCGCGCAUCGAAGGCAAGGUCGAGAUCCGCCCUUCCCAAGGGUUUUCUGCCCCGGUUGCCGUUUCCCUCGUGAGGAUAUGUCUACAGCGACGAGAAACCAUCCAUCCGGCCGCCGACAAUGUCGCCAAGAAGCACUUGGGAACACCGAGGCGGGAGACCACCGACGUCGUUGGGAAGGAGCUGUUAUUGUUCAGGUGCCCCGCCGGCAAAGAGUCGGAGAACGUCAUCGUAAUGGAUCUCCCUUUUGUCCUCUUCAUCCCCUUCGGACGCGGCGGUGAGGAGACAAACCGGAGGAUACCCCCAGCCUCGUUGCAGUUACCGAGCAGGACCGCCGAGACUUUCUAUGAGCUGGUAGUCACCGUCCAGCAGGGCGCCAGCGUCCAGAACAAAUACGCCUUUCCCAUACCGCUGCAGCGAUACGACACUUUGUCCACGUUCGGCAUGUACAACCGUCCAGAAUCAAAAGUGGUCACGACAGACAACAUCGUGACUUUGGCGAUCUCGCUGCCACGCUGGAGCUACGGACCCCUCGAUCCAAUUACCGUCUACAUCAAGCUGGCUCCUAAUCCGGACUGGAUGAACAAAGCAAAGCGCGUGACCAUACAAAAGCUCACUCUUACCAUCGAAGAGGAGAUCACAUACAACCCAGAAGGCGAUGAGCCGACCAAGAAAGUCAAUAAAAUCGCGAGGCAUGUCCAGCCCGUAGGGACCAAAAUGCCAGAGGCGGGCUACGUCACCAACCUUGGCCUCGUCUUCCCUGCGAGAGAUCUAAGAGAUCCCGAAGGCAUUGUACGGAGGGGCAAGCCCAGCUUCCCGCAAUACGAGUGCACCUCAUUUACCACGCAAUCGACACUCUAUAAGAUUGAGUUCUAUCUGACGAUCAAGGCCCAAAUGAGUUCAGCCAGGGAUAUCACUCUGCGGCAGCCCAUCGUCAUCUGUCCAUACGACCAGCAAGCGUGCAAAGAAGAGAUGGAUGCUAUCGAGCAGGCGGCUAAGGACGCAUCCCACGUCGAUCCCAACAACCCAAUGCUGCCAGCCAGAGUUAUUGUCCUGGCCAACGACCAUGACUCGUUACGUCACCUUGGCCUCUGCAUGGUCGGUGACCAGAAAAAGCCGCUCAUUGAGUAA